AUGGGCGGAUGCUACAACAAGGAUGCACACCCUGGCAGUGACAUAUGCACAGCAGCCAAGGAUGGAGUAUGCACUGCUUGUAAGGCAGAUAACGGCCUGUUCAAGAACCCGGCUGCACCAUCAGAGAAGGGUAGUGAGUGCAUACUCUGUCAUGAUGCCACGGGAGCAAAUGGAUAUAAGGGAGUGGCUAACUGCAUACAGUGUCAGGCACCACAGAGUGCAGGAGCAGCUACAUGCACUGCCUGUCAAGAUGGAUACUACAAGAACUCUCAGACAUGUGAAAGGUGUGAUGAAGCUUGCCUGACCUGUGAGACUGAUGCGGCCCAUUGUACCUUUUGUAAGGCCGGGAAGUAUCUCGAUGGGGAUCAAUGUGCUGAUAUCUGUGGAAGUGGCAAUGAUAAGUAUGCUGACGAAGCUACCAGAACGUGCAAGGCAUGUAGUACAAUAACUGGGUGCACCGCGUGUGAAUAUAAUCCAGUGACCAAGAAGCCAAAGUGCACCGCUUGUAGUGAUAAGAAGGUGAAGACAGAGCUUGACGGGACAACCACUUGUGUAGAUGCAAAUGGGUGCGCAACAGAUAACGUCGACGGAUCCCACUUUCUAAAUCAAGCUAGAAAUAAGUGUCUUCUUUGUAGCGAUGACAAGACUAAUACUAGCAGUCCACCUAAUAAAGGACUUAAGGAUUGUGGUAGGUGCAAAAAAGAAAGGGAUGAUGCAGCUUCAACCUGCUCAGAAUGUCUGUCUGGAUUUUAUUUAGAAGACGCUUGCAAGACCUGUGAUGCUAACUGUGCCGUGUGCUCUGAAAAAACACUAGUGGAUAAGUGUAAAAUAUCCAUGCAAGAGUGA